CUCCAAUCGUCGUGCUCGCGCAAUCGGCGGAAAAAACCUCCGCUCACUCCCACUUCCACUCCCACUCUCCACGGUCGCAUGUCUUCUCCACCGCCUCGUGCGGCGGAGGUGCCGGUGUUCACCGUCACCGGCAUCGGCACUCGCAUCGCCGUCUCCGUCGCUCCCACCAUCACGGCUUCGGACUUAAAGAAAAGCAUAUACGUAGGGGGAAAUGGCAUUUUGAUGGGGGUUAAUUGCUGCUGCUCAAUUGCAUGAGGCGUCCUCUGAGGUCGGAUGAUGAAAGUGACAGUCGUGAUGAACUCCUGAAGAACAAUGCUGGUCGUUAAGUUUUCGUAAUCCAAUUUGGCAGGAUAUCUAGAGUCAAUGCAUUCUGUCGAUGGAACUCAAUGUCCGAAGUUUGACUUUGAAGAAACUUAUUUUGCAUUGCAUGUUUUGUUCACUGCUGCAUGAAAGGUGAAAUCUCUAAUGGAUCAAUUGCUAAACUGUGGCAUUGAUGGGUCCAUGCUGUUGUGGCCGUUUACCAGAGAUACAGCUUGCAUAAAUCUCAUUGCGGGCUGUGGUGGCGAUGGAUUUGGAAUGAGUAGGGGUCCUUGAGAGAGCUCACUACAAUUGCUUUCCAGAAAUAGGAGAGAUAAGGGUUGAUGGAGUGAUGGUGGAGCGAAGGUCAUGCCUCUAUUACCUGCCCAAUUCAAUGCCAAUAAAAUAUGCUUUCCAGGGAAUUGAAGGGUCCUGGUUUAUCCACUUGGAUAUAACAUGUUUAGAAAGUUUAAGUCAGCCAUGCUUGCAACACUGCAUAGCUAUAGCUGAUCAUGUCUCAGAUGUUUGUGACACUGACCCUUUGAAAUCUCAGAGCCUUCUCUUGCCCGAUAAGAUUCAGAGAAUGGACAAAUAUGGAGCCAAGGGAUCUCACUACAGUAAACCUCUAUUACCACAGCUUCAAAGGGAUAUUCAUGGUGCAAAGAAAAAGAAGAGAAGUAACCAUAGAUGGGAAGGUUGCUCUGAAGAAAAUAGAUCUAACGUAGUCGACAAGAACUGGCAUUCUAGAACUGAAGAAAAUCCAUUUACUGGCAUUCAGAGUUCUCCAAAAGGCACAAGUGAGGUUGCGCAACUGAAUGAAAGGAAAUCCAGCCCGCAUAAUGAGCACUCUAACGCAACAUCAUCAGAAGUUAUAUCAGUUGGUGGUAUCAUUAAUAGAUACUUUACAAAUUUCAGUGAGGUGAACAGUUUUGGCAGCCCUUCUAGCCCUGAUUUUCAGUCUAGAGCAUUAAGACUACAAUCGAAGAGUAAACUUAAUUAUAACUGCCCAAGCAUUCAAGUGGAUACUUCAGCAGAGUUUGCAGUUCAAACACCCCCAAGACUGUUGACUACCUUGUCUUCAACUGAGCCUAGCCCUGGCAGUUUAAGCAAUUCUGUUAGAAGAAGCAGAGUUGGGAAAUCCUUAAUUAUGGCCUCCCAUAAUUUUGGUACCCUAGCAACUCCACGAGAAUCAUUGGUUUCUCUGUGCAGAUCCAGAAACAGAAAGCAGAUAAGUCAAGAUGAUUUGCCCAUAAAGUUUUCAGUCUUUGAAAUUAGUGAAGAUGAUGAGUAAGGAAACUGAAGCCAUCGGCUUGUACUGGCUUGGGUUGUUAGAAAUGAAGUCCACCAACAUCUUAAGCAAAGAAAUUGCUAUAGUGAUAGUGCUAGUGCGUAUGCAGAAUUCAGAUGAGUCAUUUGUAAGAAGAAGAACUUUCAUUGUCCUGUUGGCUUUUUCUGAUUGAAUUACGUUUUCAUGGCCAGGACCUGUGAUGAGGUUUUUGCAGUUAAGUUUUAAGAUGAAACAUAUGUUUGACCCCAAUGAGUAAUUGCAAAUAUGGGAACCCAAUUCUAUGUUAACAUAUGUUUCUGCGACCAGGGAGUCAGCAUAAUCAAAUGGCAUGGUCAGGAGUAUUGAUUGGGAGGGGUAAAUGUGGGGUACACUGCCAUCAGUAAUUUUGCUGACUUGGAUAGAAAGGAAAGGAGCAAGGUUUCUCGUGAACUGCAGCCCACGAGGUGGAAUCGGAAUAAGACAUUGAGCCCUGUUUUUCCUUAGCCUGUCUCCAGCUGGUGCCCUCGAGGCACGCAGCUUGAACUGUCACUGAAACCUGUUCAUGGAGGUACACUUUAUAUAUUUAUUUACUCAAGACAUGGUGAAUUGUGUUGUGGGCUGGGCACACAGGACCUGCACAUUCGACAGGAAUAUGGUCAAGCUUUAAAUGGCUUUCCAUUAGUUUAAUUGUCCAUGCACGGUUGUCCUGUCAGAAUCUUCCUGAAUACACAGAAUUCACAAACUCGGUCAUUUCUUGUGAUAUGAGACAAUUAGUUGUCCUCCACGGUGCUUUGAGCUCCCCUGCAGAGACCGAGAGAGGACAACCUUAGGUACCUGGGUUGCCAAGUGUGAAAAGCAGCAACAUGACAUCAUAUAACGAUGCUGGGUUGGCUUUUACGUUUGAAUAUAUUUGGUCUUUUAGUUCA